GACAUUUCCUUCUUUCAGUCUUCACAACUACAACUCAUUGCGAUAAUAUAAAAUAAACUUGAAUUUUUAAUUAAUUGAGAAUCAAGUUUAACUUAUCACUAUCUAUUACUAUAGUUUCCACGUGAACUAGAAUCAAUCCUAAUUCAAGAUAAAUUGAAAUCAAUUAGCAAAAUGUCUUACAACUUCGAAGAGUUAACUUACAGCGAAGCCAAAGACUUGCUUCGUCAAUGGAGGGAGAACAAUGAGAGAAGGAGUGAAGAUGUGAUGGAGUUAUGGACUACAGUGUUAAGUGAUGACUUGAGCAAACUUGGCAAUGAGAAACACCUGGUGUUGGAACAAGUUAUAUAUGCUGCCCUGGACUGCCACUCAUAUGGAGUGGCCACCAUGUGUAUCUACAUACUGUCCAAUGAGUUCCCAGGCAGCAUGCGUGUCAUGAGGCACAAGGCAGCACUACUGGAGGCUGAGGAAAAGUAUGAUGAAGCUUUGGAAGUAUUGGACAGUAUUAUAAAGGCUGAUGAGACCAACUCGGCGGCCAGGAAGCGGCGUGUCGCCAUACUGAAGGCUCAAGGACUCAUCUCUGAAGCCAUCAAGGAACUUGUUGACUACCUCAAGAAGUUCAUGUCAGACGUGGAGGCGUGGCAGGAGUUGUGCUCGCUGUACCUGCAGGUGCAGGAGUACUCGCGCGCCGCCUUCUGCGCCGAGGAGCUCAUCCUGCACCAGCCACACAACCACCUCAUGCACCAGCGCCUGGCCGACAUCAGGUACACUAUGGGUGGUGUGGAGAACAUGGAGUUAGCCAAGACUUACUACUGCCAGGCUUUGAAGCUCAACCCAGAGAACAUGAGGGCCUUGCUUGGCCUGUUCUUGGUAACAAACAACCUACUGAACCACUACAAGUCAGCGGGCAACAGUUCCAAGCGCAAGGAGGUGUGGAAGCUGUGUCAGUGGGCGCAGUCGUCGGCCGCGCGCCGCCAGCGGGCCGCCCGCGCGCUGCCGCCUACUCCAGACCUCUCGCAGAUGAUGCUCGCACUCGCCAUCACUGACUAACCAUAUUCUAUAGCACUAAUAUAGAUAAAUUGUAACAAUAAUAUUAUAGAGGACCUGACUAUAUCGUCACUAGGGUACUUGUCUAUAGUCAUGUUUGUUUAUUAAUUAUUAUAAUUAUAAAGAUACAGCACUGAUUGUGUGUAAAAUUAUUAAGAAUAUAGUAAUCAUGCAUUUUAAAUUUAAUGUCAGCGACAGUGACUCAUCCAAAGUAGGGCUAGAACCCUAAAACCCCAUUAUAAAAAACAGAUGUCAUUCAAAUAAUAACAAUAAAAAUCUUACACUUAAUAUUACUUGAAAUAUU